GCAGCGAGCAACGAGCAAUAUCAAGGAGAGAAGCCCAUAAAGCCAUAACCCUCCUUCGUCCGUGAGGGUCUCGAAUCGGGGGUAGUUUUUGCUCGCCUUUUUUUUUAUUAAGAAGAUCCAAGAUCUCUAGAUACGCCUUUCCUUGUCUUCGCCGUGUUACAACACCGCCUCUGCCGAUCACCCUCUCCCCCGCACCCUCUCCAACUUUACCUUGAUAAACCUCACCAUGCCGGGCCCAGGGGUUGGCUUCGAAUAUCCUGUCAAGGAAGUCUCUUGGCUGAAGCGGGAUAUUCUUCUCUUUGCACAGUCUAUCGGCUGCACCGCCGACGAGCUUCACUUUCUCUACGAGCUCCACCCAAACUUCUGCGUCUUUCCUACCUACCCCACCGUUCUGACCUUCAAGCAAAACACACAAGAUGUGGUUGACUUCUACGCGGCCGAGAAGGCCGUCGUCAUUCCCGGAGUGCCAGUCUUUGAUCCCACGCGCGUCGUAGACGGGCAGCGGCACAUCCAGUUCCUCAAGCCGCUCCCGACGACGUCGGCUGGCAAGAGGAUUGAGGCGCGCACCAAGGUGCUUGGCGUCUACGACAAGGGGCGGCCCGGCACCGUGCUCGAGACGCAGACUGAGCUGGUCGACGCCGGCAGUGGCGACGUGUACACGCGGGCGACGACGUCGUCCUUCUUCGUGGGGCAGGGCAACUGGGGCGGGCCCAAGGGCGUGGCGACGCAGAACUUUGCGCCGCCCAAGGACCGCAAGCCCGACGCCGUCUUCGAAAUACAGACGACGCCCGAGACGCCGCUGCUGUACAGGCUCAACGGCGACUACAACCCGCUGCACGCAACGCCCGAGCCCGGGCGCAAGAUGGGGUUCGGUGGUGUUAUUAUUCACGGGCUCUUCUCGUUCAAUUGGGCCUGCCACGGCCUGCUGCGGCACUUUGGCGUCAGCGACCCGGCCAACAUGCGCGAGUACCAGGCCCGCUUCGCCAGCCCCGUCCGCGGCGGUGACAAGCUGGUCGCAUCGGCCUGGCGCACCGGCAGCUUCGACGGCGAGUGGGAGGAGGUCCGCUUCGAAGUCCGCGUCGAGGGCGCCAAGGUGUGCCUGAGCAAUGGCCGGGCUUUUAUGAAGUGCGUCGGCCCCGAGAAGGGCAAGUUGUGAAAUGUACGAGGUAGUUCUAAAAAAUGUAAAUGUGAAUAUAAUUAUAAUUAUAAUUUCAAGGUGCAAUCACGAAUGGGC